GAGAGAGAGAGAGAGAGAGAGAGUUGCAGUUUUCAUAUAGAAGCUCACACCCAAGCAAGCAGCCUGUGAAACCCUAAACUCUGAAUCUCUCAUUCUCUCUGCUCUUUUUUCGUUUUUGGUGAUAGAACCCUAAUCAUCGAAAACCCUAGAGCGGAGGAGGUCUUCAAAGAGAGAGGGGCAAGAUGAGGAUAAUGAUAAAGGGAGGCGUGUGGAAGAACACGGAGGAUGAAAUUCUGAAAGCGGCGGUGAUGAAGUAUGGGAAGAACCAGUGGGCCAGGAUCUCUUCUCUUCUCGUUCGCAAAUCGGCCAAGCAGUGCAAGGCUCGCUGGUACGAGUGGCUUGACCCUUCUAUCAAGAAGACUGAAUGGACCAGAGAAGAAGAUGAGAAACUACUUCAUCUUGCCAAGCUCAUGCCAACACAAUGGAGAACAAUUGCUCCCAUUGUUGGACGUACUCCUUCUCAGUGCCUUGAGCGUUAUGAAAAGCUCCUUGAUGCAGCCUGUGUCAAGGAUGAGAACUACGAACCCGGAGAUGACCCGCGUAAACUGCGUCCUGGAGAGAUUGACCCAAACCCAGAAUCAAAGCCUGCCCGUCCAGAUCCUGUUGAUAUGGAUGAGGAUGAGAAGGAAAUGCUUUCAGAAGCUCGAGCUCGGUUAGCCAACACGAGAGGUAAGAAGGCCAAAAGAAAAGCUAGAGAAAAGCAGCUUGAAGAAGCCAGGAGGCUCGCGUCUUUGCAGAAAAGGAGAGAACUUAAGGCUGCUGGAAUUGAUGGUAGACAUCGUAAGAGGAAAAGGAAAGGAAUAGAUUACAAUGCGGAAAUCCCCUUUGAGAAGAAGCCACCUCCAGGCUUUUUUGAUGUCACUGAUGAAGAAAGGCUAGUUGAGCAGCCCAAGUUUCCUACCACCAUUGAAGAACUUGAAGGCAAAAGAAGGGUUGAUGUAGAAGCACAAUUAAGAAAGCAGGAUGUUGCAAAGAAUAAAAUUGCACAAAGACAAGAUGCCCCAUCAGCUAUAUUGCAAGCCAAUAAGAUGAAUGACCCAGAAACAGUUAGGAAAAGGUCAAAACUGAUGCUUCCUGCCCCACAGAUUUCAGACCAUGAGUUAGAGGAAAUUGCAAAGAUGGGUUAUGCUAGCGAUCUUCUUGCUGGGAACGAGGAGCUCACAGAAGGGAGUGGGGCAACACGUGCUCUUCUUGCAAAUUAUUCCCAGACACCACGACAGGGGAUGACUCCUUUACGAACCCCACAAAGAACACCAGCUGGUAAGGGUGAUGCUAUCAUGAUGGAAGCAGAAAACUUAGCUAGAUUGAGAGAAUCACAGACACCAUUAUUAGGAGGAGAAAAUCCUGAGUUGCACCCUUCAGAUUUUUCAGGGGUCACCCCCAAAAGAAGGGACAUCCAAACGCCAAAUCUAAUGCUGACUCCUUCUGCGACUCCUGGAGGUGUGGGCUCGACUCCUGGAGGUGUGGGCUCGACUCCUAGAAUUAGCAUGACUCCAUCAAGGGAUGCCCAUUCUUUUGGUAUAACCCCAAAAGGAACUCCCAUUAGAGAUGAGCUCCACAUUAAUGAAGAUAUGGAUAUGCAUGAUAGUGCAAAACUUGAGCUCCGGAGGCAGGCUGAUCUAAGAAGGAACUUACGUUCUGGUUUAGGCAGUCUUCCACAGCCCAAGAAUGAGUACCAAGUAGUUAUCCAACCUAUUCCAGAAGAUAAUGAAGAACCAGAGGAGAAGAUAGAAGAAGAUAUGUCUGAUAGGCUAGCUAGAGAAAGGGCUGAGGAGGAAGCCAGGCAGCAGGCAUUACUUAGGAAGAGAUCAAAAGUACUGCAGAGAGAGCUCCCUAGACCUCCUGUUGCUUCAUUAGACCUCAUUAGAAAUUCUCUGAUGAGGGCUGAUGAAGACAAGAGUUCCUUUGUUCCUCCUACGUUGAUUGAGCAGGCUGAUGAAAUGAUAAGAAAGGAGCUGCUUGGCUUACUUGAGCAUGAUAAUGCAAAGUAUCCACUUGAUGAAAAAACAGAGAAGGAGAAAAAGAAAGGAGGCAAGCGCUCUGCAAAUGGAAAAUCUGCUGGUUCUGUCUCUGACAUAGAAGAUUUUGAAGAAGCUGAACUAAAAGAGGCUGACAAUUUGAUAAAGGAAGAAGUUCAGUUUCUCCGUGUGGCAAUGGGACAUGAUAACGAAUCACUUGAUGAAUUUGUUGAGGCACACAAAACAUGCUUAAAUGACCUGAUGUACUUCCCUACUCGUGAUGCUUAUGGUCUGUCAAGUGUUGCUGGAAACAUGGAGAAACUUGCAGCCCUGCAGAACGAAUUUGACAAUGUGAAAAAGAGGAUGGAGGAUGAUACUAAGAAGGCACAACGCCUUGAGCAGAAGAUAAAACUUCUUACGCAUGGUUAUCAGAUGCGGGCUGGAAAACUGUGGACACAAAUUGAGGCAACUUUCAAACAGAUGGACACUGCUGGAACAGAACUUGAGUGUUUCCAAGCUUUGCAAAAACAAGAGCAACUAGCAGCAUCACACAGGAUCAAUGGUCUUUGGGAGGAAGUUCAGAAGCAGAAGGAGCUUGAACAGACUUUACAGAGUCGCUAUGGGGAUCUUAUUGCAGAGCAGGAAAGAAUCCAAUCUCUCAUUGAUGAAUACAGAGUACAAGCAAAAAUUCAAGAAGAAAUUGCGGCAAAGAAUCGUGCUCUUGAGGUGGCUGAGGCUGAAACGUGUCAAAUGGAUGUGGAAAAUCCUGAGCCUGCAGCUGCAGAUGAGCUUGGGAACUCUGUGCAAGUUGAUCCAUCUCAUGGUGGAUUGCCAGACCAGAAAAUGGAUUCCAGCCAAGAAGAAUAUCAUACAAGCCCAAAACAUGAUGCUGAUGCUGAUGCAGAUGCAGCUAAUCAUAUUACUGUGGCUGGCUUGGAAACUCCUGAUGCUGUAGCCGCCUCAGAUGUGCUUGGAAAUUCCUUUCCAGCUGAUCCAUCUCAUGAUGAAAUGCCAGGCCAGAAACCGGAUGCUGCUGAAGGGGAAGCUCAUGCAUCCCCAAAUCCUGAUGUGAAUGUUGGUGCAGAAAAUGAAACAAUUGUACCAGACACAGAAACUGCUGAGCCUGUAUGCCCAUCAGAUGAGCUUGGAAAAUCUAUGCCAGUUGGCUCAUCUCGUGAUGGAACUCCAAAUGAUCAAAUGGGUGCUGUCCAAGCAGAAGCUUAUGCAAGUACAAAACUUGAUGGGGAUGUUGGUGCAGAGGCCCAAGAUGGUGGAGGAUCGUAGUUUAUUGUAGGUGGAGAGCCAAGUUUCUGUAUUGCACUUGAGAUAUCAAAUGAUCGGAUAUGUUGGAUUGCAAGUUGGAAGAUCGAUUGUUGGUAUUGUGUUUUAGGUAUCCAGUGGACUAGAUGGGGAUGGGGAGUCUGGAAGUUUUGCUGUGGCCGAGGUUUGUCCCUCAUUAUUUGUUGAAUCUAAUCUCCUAAAGAUACAUAUAUAUAUUUAUGGAUUAUAUAGCAGGUCUAAGAAACUUGAAAAACAAAAAAAAAAAAAAAAGGGGAAAAAGAGACGGAAUCGGAAAUGAGUUUGGAUUUGUACUAAGCAUGUACUUCAUGUGAGCAGGUCUUGUCCUUUAGCUUUUUGGUUUUUGGUUUUUGCUUUGGUGAGAAACUUGGACAAUAAUUCAGCUAUUUGUUUGUGCCUGAGUUUUAUUUUAAGGAAACUUGAUGGAAUUCACCAGAAAAUUUUAAUGCUUCACUGUAUAGGGUAGUAGUGCUUAUGUUGUGUGCUAAGUGGUAAGUGCUAACUGCUAAGCAAAGCUGGUGGUUUUUGCCAUGUACUGAUGUUUGUAUUCAGCAUUAUAUUGUAGUCAAUUACAUACUCAAUUUCAAUUGGGACCCUACUGUGAAUCAGAUGCUAAUUACUUA